AAAAACUGACUCACUUCCCUGUGGAUGAAGAUAAAUUUGAAUUAAAAUUCAUAAAUACUUAUAUUGGUCAUGGAGUAUUUGCACGACAAAGAAUUGAAAAGGGUGAAGCACUGCUGGAAUAUAAGGGGAUAUUGACAUCUGAUAUAGAAGAUGAUGAGACAGGGUUUAAAUAUUACUUUAAACAUAAUGGGAAAAUGUCUUGUAUUGAUGCCACAUUCUCGGAUGGACUGGGUCGGAUGGUCAAUGACCAAUGCCAAAAAAAGGCAAACUGCAAGGUGAAAAAAGUAAUUGAAAAUGGUGUGAAGUUAUGGCUAUAUGCAGUUAGAGACAUUUUUGUAGGUGAGCAACUGACCUACGAUGAUGGAGUAAAAGACCUUCCAUGGAGGAAACUGAAGGAUGGAGAUACUAGGCCUAUUUUAUAUUCCUGUCCAAAUCUUUAUGGAGAAGAUAUUACUGAUGCACCAGCACCAUUAGAAGACUUGAAUAGAGAAAAUAUAUAUGUUGGGGCAGUGCAAAGUCUAAUGACAUAAUUGUGAAAAAUGCUACAGCCCAUGAGAAACUCAUAGAAGUAAAUCAGCUUGGCCAGAUUUUUUUGGUUGAUUCAUGCACACAUCAUGUUAAAAGACUGCAGGACAAUGAUAUGUUUGAAGUCGGAGGAAGGGCAUUUAAAUGGAAACUUGAAAAAG